AUAUCGUAUUGCGUAUCUUACGUGUUUCGUUGGUUGCGGUUUUUGGCUAUUGGUAGUGGGCGCCGGUGGUUAUUUGGAGUGGCGGCGGCGUGCAUAAGAAUAUCUGAAAUUUUUUGACUUUUGUAUAAAUAACGGCCACAUCCACGACAAACGCAUACUUCGUCGUCAUAUUUCCACAGUUCAACAGAUCGAGUUCAACGUGCAAAUAUAUAAACAACUAAUUUAUAUAACAAUAUAUUACCAUCCAAUUUAUUUUUUAAGUUUUAAUCGAGUUUUUCCAGUCGUUGUACAUUCGUGUUCCGCAAACGUUUACGAUUUGUCGCAUUAAAGUUUAAACUUAUAUUUUACAUAAUUAUUAAAAAUUGCCCUACGAUUGCAACUACAGUGUCUUAACUUACAACUGUGUGCAUUUGUUGGAACAAAGCAGUCUUCAGACAACUCAAAUAUUAUAUAUAUCAUUCAUCUAUUCAUAAUGAUCGGAAUACUCGCUGUCGUUUUUGCCGUCCAAGCCGCGGCGGUGCUGGCCGGCGGUGCCCGGUACCCGUCCGGACUGAAUCCGGCCCUGUGUCCCAAUUAUCCGCACUGCGACAACGUGCUGUUGGCCGCGUACGCCCAACCGGCGGCCGGCAACGAUUACAACGACCACUACACCAACAACAACGCCGGUCAGUACCAUGGUUCCGGUGGCUACCAACACCAUCCGUCCGAGGCGUUCAACUACCACAACAACCAGCCGCUGGUCCCGUCGCCGUACUCCGAGCCCGGUUACCCGGCCGGCCUCACGUCGUCCAACUGCCCCAACUACCCGUACUGCUCGCAUCAGGUACCGGCCGAGGCGCUCAAGUACGCAAACAAGAGAUACCCGUCCGGCGUCAGCCCGCACAACUGCCCCAACUAUCCGUACUGUCACUGACAGUCCGUCGCCUACGUUUGAAUAAUAAUAUUAUACGUCACGUGCGACGCACCGCUGACGCUAAGUGCAUGUUACAUUUAUAUAAUAUAUGUCGUAUACGUUAUGCACCCAUGUCAUGUUUAUAGUCAAAAUAUAAACACGCAUAUUAGUAUGCAUAUAUUUUGUUGAACACUCAUUAACCCAAUUUACUUAUAGGUAUAUGUAAUAUUCGAAUGCACUCAGUGCCAAAGUGCUGUAGCGUACAUCGCGCACUUUAUUGUUAAAAAAUUAUCAUUAUUGUAAUUUUAUAUUGUCAUACUUCUCGCACUUAUAAUAUUAAUAU